CUAGGAAGUUUGAAGGACUGGCGAUACUUGAAAGGAUAUAACAACCAGGACAAAUCUGACGCAACAUGAUGCAAAAGGGUGCAUUAUUUUGCAUUCUUUUUGUUGGAUUGCUCACUCUAGUUGAUGCUGCAGACAAUAUUGAUGACAUCGCGGAAUAUAUAAGACCUAAUGAAGGAUUAAGGACGACAGCAUAUGAGGACUCCAAAGGCUUUACGACCGUCGGUGUUGGCUUUAACAUGGAACGCGCUGGUGCAAAGGAUGAUUGGGAAAAGGUUCUUCCCGAUGUUGAUUUUGAUAAAGUUAAGAACAAAGAACUAGAUUUAACGGAGGAGCAGGCUUUGAAACUAUUUAAGGCUGAUUUGAAAAAUAUAUACAUCCCACGUGCAAAGGGAAUAUUCCCAAAGUUUGACGAAUACUGCGCUGAGCUCCAAUCUGCAAUCGUGGACGCCCUCUAUCGUGGCGACUUAGGACCAAAGACCCAAUCUCUGAUCAAAGAGGAGAAGUGGAAAGAGGCUGGAAAGGAGUAUAUCGACCAUGGUGAUUACAAGAAGGCUGUUGCUGGUGAAGCUGGUUUUGCAGGAAUAAAAACUAGGAUGGAUAAAAACAAAAAGAUAUUUGAAGAACAGGCUUGUGACGCUCCGAAGGAGUGUGAGAAAGACAAAGACUGCGAUUGUUGUGAUGAUCGUCCAUACUGUUGCGAGGGUAUAUGUAGCGAGUGUACAAAAGAUGAACACUGCACCAAGGCAAACAGGAACAAGUGCGUUAAAGGGGACGCCGGGGCUUGGGUAUGCGGUGACCCACAUGUGUCUGUCCAGUUAAACGAUGGAUUAAAGACCCAUUUCUGUUUUGAUGUCCUGGGCAAAUCUGGCGAGAUAUUUCAGUUUGUUCGAGACAGGAAUAUUGAAAUCAGAAUUAGAAUCUUCAGUCAUGGUGCCAAACAAGUGGCGAAAUUGGUUGAUUUGAUUGCUAUUCGGACCAAUGAGGCUCAAAUAACCGUGGAUAGUAAAGGAAUCACUGAUGGUAAAACCAAAUAUAAGUGGGGAUCAGAGAGUGUUGGUGAAUUUGGGGACGCCAAUGUGAUGAUUCGAAGAAACUACGCUGAGAUAUUUGUUGACAAAACCGUCACUGAAAUUGAACACCAAGGCGAUCAUUUGAAAUUCAGUGUUCACCAGCAUGGUGGUCUCGGACCCCACGUCCGUGGAAUCUUAGGCGACGUUGUUAAUCAAGGACGAUUCAAGAAGGGGGAGGACGAAAAGCAUGGCCACAUUGAGCUGUUUGACUCAACGUUUUCUGUGACAGAGAAAGUAAAAAAUGUUGGGAAGUGUUGGUUUCUUACAAAUGGGUACAACUCACUGAAAGGAAAAUUGCGCAACUACGUAAAGAAAACAUUGUUCGGAUCAAACUAACAUUUUUAAUAACAUGACGAUCUAGAUCAAGAAUACUGAUGGACUAUAACUUGUCAAAAUCUCACAAGAAUUCCCCCACUCUAUUAUAUUUUGUGUCUUUAUUAUUCUAUAUU